AUGUCCGAUUUGAAAGCAACCGUUCAUGAAACCAAAGGUGGUUUCCAUGUCGAAGGUUACGAGAAGAUCGAGUACGACUUCACGUUUGUUGAUGGGAUCUUCGACGUUGCCAACCCAAAUCUUGCAGAAUGUUACAGGAAAUGGGGGCGAGUACUAGCUGUAACGGACAAAAACGUAUACGGAAUAUACGGCUCAAAGAUGACGAAGUAUUUUAAUCACUACAAUAUCAAGCUCAAGGUUCACCAGACAUCGAUUGGAGAAAAAGCGAAAACCAUCGAAACAUUCCUUGAAAUUGCUGACAGCAUGAGUGAAUUUGGGAUCAUCCGAAAGGAACCUGUGCUGGUGGUAGGAGGCGGUCUUGUCACGGAUGUCGCUGGCUUUGCUUGCGCCGCCUAUCGUCGCAACACCAACUUCAUUCGUGUACCGACAACAGUGAUUGGCUUGAUUGAUGCUAGUGUUAGCAUCAAGGUAGCGGUCAAUUAUGGUCGGUACAAGAACAGGCUUGGUGCCUAUCAUGCGCCGUUGCACACGUUCCUCGACUUCACAUUCCUUCGAACCCUACCGAUAGCGCAAGUCCGAAAUGGCUUCGCCGAACUGAUCAAGAUCUCCUCAUGCUCUCAUAUUGAGGUUUUUGAUCUUCUCGAUAAGUUCUGUGAGCAACUCAUCGAGACGAAGUUUGGUCGAAUCAAUCGUGAGGGUAUCUACGAAAUGCUGAAAUUGGAGACGCCCAAUCUCCACGAGAUCGGUCUUGAUCGAGUCAUUGCGUAUGGGCAUACAUGGUCACCACUUCACGAGCUUAUCCCUGAGACUCCAUUGCGUCAUGGACAUGCCAUUUCUAUCGACAUGGCUUAUUCUGCUACUCUGGCUAAACAACGUGGCUUACUUCCAGAUAAUGAACAUCGUCGACUAUUCACUUUAUUCUCCAGAGCUGGCCUGUCAAUUGAUCAUCCUCAAUUCGACGAUGAUGUGAUUGAUAAGGGCACGGCCGCUAUUUUGAAAACCCGUGACGGGCUUCUGCGACUCGCUGUGCCGAAUCCCUUAGGGUCGUGCACCUUCCUGAAUGACGCGUCGCUGCAAGAGCUGAAAGCCGCUCUAAGAAAGCAUAAACAGAUCGCGAAAACGUAUCCUAGACAAGGUGCUGGAAUUGAGGCGUAUGUUGAUAGUAGUGAUACCGGAUAUACAGACCUUGAAACAGAAAAUCUCAACGUGGAGAAAGCUGCGAAAGAAGCUAGAGGAGAAACUCAGAAUGGUACGAACGGAUUCCAUAAAACAUAUCGUCAGAAUGGAUACGUCAAUGGUCACGACGACAUUCAUGAUGGUGUGAACCCUCAGACAACCCGAUACCCUAUGGAUCUAUUGAACGGGAUACAGGCCAGGGCGUGA